UCCGCGGGCGCAGCCAAAGAGGCCGCGCGUUCUCGAUUUUGCCGGCCCAGGCCUCGUUCUCGUGCGUCGAUUGCCUCUGAGAAAUGAACCAGGUGGUGACGUGGUCGAGCUCCUCCUUCUGACCAAACUCGAGGAUUGUUCUGUUAACGUUCUUGUGUCUGUGGAAGUGCGGUUGGUGCUCACUUUUGGAUAUUUGUGACAUAUUUUUUAAAUUUUUUUUUACGAAGUGGUGACAGUGCUGUGUGAAGGCAGACGCUGGGGAUGAAAAGGUUAGAGGGAUAGCUUCCCGCACACGAAGGUGACCUGGUGUGCUCCUCGCUGCAGUGAAAACACAACACAGGAUAUGAAACCCCAGUGCAAGCACAUUCAAGGCGAGGUUCCAUUCAUGCGCGAGACGAAGAAAACUCAGCGGUUCCAACGAAGACACUGACGAGCCUUGCUCCAGUCGCCGACCACAAGGGAAAAGCAGCGUUUACUCAGCAAAUUAGUCCAUACCCUGCAGCAAGAUCAGGUGCAUUAAAGUGAGGACUUAACGUCGCCCCGAGAAUCCAAGACACGUUUUCGCGCACCUGCAUCCUUCAUCGCCUGUGCCUCGCCGCCAACUUCGGAGCCAACGUGUCAAAAUGAAGCUACUUGCGAUGGCGAGACGUCAAGCUCGGAGAAUCUUCACGGAUCAGGUCCUCGCUUAAUGGCGUGAAGUAGUUUCCGCAGGGCCUGGCGCACCAGCGACAAGUGUUUUUGUUAUCGUACAAUCGCCACUGAACGAACUCCAACUCCGAACGAACUCCAAGUAAAAGUACAGAACGGAGAUACCUCUCCGUUGGCACUGGAAGCGCUCAAAAGUGAAGUCUCUCGAAAGAUGCCGGAAGCGAUUUGUCCACCGAUCGCAUGUUCCAUCUAGGCUGUAAUGAUGUCUUGAGACAACGACAGGACAGCGUUGUGGCAAUGUGACCGGAGGUCCACAGAAUUCGGCAAAUGCGGAGCAUCCCACAUCCCCAAUCCGGGACCAGAAGAGCCGGCCUUCCGCGAUGAGUGAAAGGAACUUCUCCACCGCAUUGGCGAGUGUCGUGGAUGCGGUGGCUGGCACUCUCUUCAACACCUCAAACCAAACGUCGGGUGACUGCUGCGUCAACGACACCGACUUCAUCUUCACCAUUUACGACGAGGACGCCCUCAACCUCACGUUUCCCAUUCAGAACGCCUCCUACAACGCCGUUGUGGACGCCAGCGUGGGCACCGGUCCUCAAGACGUACUCGCUAACCACCUGCAUCUAGCAGUCGUUGUCCUGGUCUCUUGCGUGUUAGGCCUAAUCAUUCUCGCCACGGUAGUGGGAAACGUGUUUGUCAUCGUCGCCAUCUUCAUGGAGAGGAAUCUCCAGAGCGUCGGUAACUACCUGGUCCUGUCGCUCGGUGUCGCCGACCUCAUGGUGGCCUGCCUAGUAAUGCCUCUCGCUGCUGUGGCCGAAGUUAGUCAAGAGUGGGUGCUAGGGCCUGCCCUGUGCGACGUGUGGACUUGCUGCGACGUUCUCUGCUGCACGGCCUCUAUUUUACACCUCUUAGCCAUAGCGAUGGACCGUUACAGGACGGUGUCCCACGUGGACUACGUGAGACAGCGCAACGCCCGUCAAGUCGGCACCAUGAUACUUUUAGUUUGGGGCGUCGCGGUCGUCGUAUCCGUCGCACCAGUGUUCGGUUGGAAGGAUCCGGACUUCCAGCACCGCGUUCUCGUGGACAGGAUAUGCCUUGUAAGCCAGGACGUGGGAUACCAGAUCUUCGCUACUUGCUCCACUUUCUACGUGCCUCUCAUCUUAAUCUUGCUCCUCUACUGGAGAAUAUACCAAGUCGCACGAAGAAGAAUACGACACAAGCCCGGAUGUAAAGUACCUGUUCCGAUGGCCAAGACACCUUCGUCGACAGUCGAAAUAUCCGUCAUCAUGGCGGCGAACAACCACAGCAGUCCGAACUCGGGCUCCGGUACAAACGCGACGCAGGAGUCCGACAUUUCACGGAACCACCACCACGACGGAGGAACUAUUCUUCUGAAGUCCAAGAAGAACAUUCACACCAAGGAGUCCUUAGAAGCAAAAAGGGAGCGCAAAGCAGCGAAAACUCUGGCCAUCAUUACGGGUGUGUUUGUGAUCUGCUGGUUGCCGUUCUUCGUCAACGUGCUUCUGAUGACUCUUUGUGCGUCGUGCUCAUCAAACGGAUUGGCGUUCAGUGUGUUUCUGUGGUUGGGCUACGUGAACUCCAUGCUUAACCCCAUCAUCUAUACCAUCUUUAGCCCAGACUUCCGGAAUGCCUUUAAGAAGCUGUUGUGCGGAAGAAAAAGGGUUCGAUUUUUGGUCAAACGAUAACGAUGGCACGCCGUUAUCGAGAAGAGUUGUGUAGAUCCUUCUGGGCUGCUAAAAGGCGCUACAGCGACGUAGUGUCCAUAGUGAAGACAGUGGGUUUCUCUACCGCGAUGCCACGUGGCAUUGCACAUGCGUCCUAGAUGUGCGUGUGUGUAUGUGUGUGCGUGAUCGCACUCGUGUUAUCCUACUAUAGACACUAUCCAGACAAAUGACGUUUAUUUUGCGUUAGGUACAUGCGAUGUCUAGCCCAAUGUCUUGGCCACAGGGUUCGUGCCAUUUGCGUGGCGUUGACUUGCAAAUUUGCAAGUGUUUCAAAGUUACCAGCAUAUUUUUCCUAGUCUCUUCACAUGUGUGUCAUACAGAGAUGUAAUGCACGUUCGAUUAGAGUAUGGCGCCGUUUCUUGAAAAUGA